AUAAAACAUAGAGCGAAAUGCUUAAGGGUCACGACGAGUGCACGCGCUUUUCUCAGAUCUGCUGCAUCUGCGUUCGCAUUAUUCUUCUUCCAUUUCUGCAUUCACUUGCAGAGCUAAUUUCAUUUUUUCGCUUAACAUCCCAAUAUGAAGGACCUACUGUUAUGAUCAAAGGUUCCAGCUAUGGAGACUGAGCUCAAAGACCUGAAUUCGAAUCCGCCUGAACUCGAUAGUUCAGCAGAUCCCGACCCCGUCCACGAUGACGCCUCCACCAAGGACGACCGUCCUCUGCUCAAGUCGGACUCAACUUCCCACUUCUCUUCUGGCCAACUCGAAGACAUUGAGAAGAAAUUCGCUGCCUUUGUUAGAUAUGAUGUUUACGGAAUUAUGGGACGCGGAGAGUUGCCGACGAGGGAGAAGGUCUUGCUUGGGUUGGCAUUGGUCACGCUGGUUCCAAUAAGGGUGGUUCUGUGCUUCACCCUGUUAUUCACCUAUUACUUGAUAUGUAGGAUUUGUACGCUAUUCUACUCCCCAAAUCGGGAGGAAGAACAGGAAGAUUAUGCGCACAUGGCUGGGUUGAGGAGGACUCUGAUUAUUCAGAGUGGGAGAACUAUCUCCAGGCUCAUCCUUUUUGUUCUUGGGUUUUAUUGGAUAAGCGAGACCUGCCGGUUUACGAAUACUGAUGACAAGUCUGCCACUGAGGAAGGCAAACAGCAGCCUGAAGAGAUGGAAGCACCUGGUGUAAUAAUAUCUAACCAUGUGUCAUACUUGGAUAUUUUAUAUCACAUGUCUUCUUCCUUCCCAAGUUUUGUUGCUAAGAGAUCAGUGGCUAAACUUCCUCUAAUUGGUCUUAUCAGCAAGUGCCUUGGUUGUGUUUAUGUUCAGCGGGAGUCAAAGUCAUCAGACUUCAAGGGUGUUUCAGGUGUUGUCACUGAAAGAAUUCAAGAAGCUCACCGUAACAAUUCUGCUCCUAUUAUGAUGCUAUUUCCAGAAGGUACAACCACAAACGGGGACUUUCUCCUUCCAUUCAAGACUGGUGGUUUCUUGGCAAGUUUACCUGUGCUACCUGUAAUAGUAAGAUACCCUUACCAGAGAUUCAGUCCCGCCUGGGAUUCCAUAUCUGGGGUGCGCCAUGUAAUUUUACUUCUCUGUCAGUUCGUAAAUCAUAUGGAAGUGACAAGGUUACCUGUAUACUACCCCUCAAAGCAAGAGAAGGAUGACCCCAGACUAUAUGCUAUUAAUGUUAGAAGGUUGAUGGCUAGUGAGGGUAACUUGAUACUUUCGGAUAUUGGGCUAGCAGAAAAGCGGAUAUAUCAUGCUGCUCUGAAUGGUAAUAAUAGCCUGCCUAGUGUUUUGCAUCAGAAAGACGAUUGAUUGUUUCAUGGCCCCGGUCUGAAAUGAUAUGUAUUUCAAGUUUCUUAGUUUCAAAUUUGGUAGUUGCUCAUGAAUGGACAGCUUUUGCGCGGGGUGUCUAUGGCUCUUAAACUUCAGAAUGGCAGUCGCGUAAUUUUCUUGUAAAUAGUGUGAGCACCGAAGUGUCUUAAUUGCUUCCCCCCCUUUCUUCCUCGCCUUUUUUAAUGACCCUAAUCAUAUGGGUUAUGUUUGAAGCACCCAAUAGAUGAGUUAUUGUCAACUUCCAUUGUGAUAAAUGAUGGCGUUUGUUUUCUAGAGAGGCCAUGAAACAUAGAUCUGAACCUUAUCUUUCGUGUUCCUGCAGGUAUGUAAUGCAAUUGCUAAUUCGGAUUGGGGGUUUGUA